AUUGCGACGUCGCGUUGACUUGACAUUGACAGAUUGACACAACCAGCCUGUGGAGUGCGGAAUGGGAUAUAUAUAUGCAGUUUUAUUCAUAAGAAGAUUUAUGUCUACUUCGAAUUGACGCGCGUUAAUAUAUAAUUCAAUCACAGAGAUUAUGUUUUAAAUUUAAAAUGUUGUUAUAUCAUAGUAAGCUUAUAGUUCUUUCAUUAAUAUGUCAAGUUAUCACAGUGUAUUCUGCAGACCAUUUACUUGAAGGUAUUUAUUGCGGAAAAAGAAAUUGUUAUGAAGUUCUAGGAGUCAGCAGGGAAGCAACGAAAAAUGAAAUCGGCAGGAGUUACAGACAGUUGGCCAAGAAAUUCCACCCGGACAUGCAUCGCUUGCCCGAGGCAAAGAAGGAAGCGGAAGAGAAAUUCAAAGAAAUAGCUACGGCGUACGAAAUUUUACGAGAUGACGAAGAAAGGUCCGACUACGAUUACAUGUUGGACAACCCGCAGGAGUACUACGCGCAUUACUACCGGUACUACCGGCGCCGCAUGGCCCCCAAAGUCGACGUGAGGAUCGUCAUCGCCGUCACCAUCUCCGUCAUCUCGGUCAUUCAGUACUACAGCGCCUGGUCCAAAUACGACACUGCCAUUAAAUAUUUCAUGACCGUGCCAAAAUACAGGAACAGAGCUCUAGAAAUAGCUAAGGCGGAAUCCAAGGAAGCACAAGGCAAAGGAAAGGCUAACAGGAAGAGCAAAGCGGAACAGAAGAUGGAGCAGGACAGGGUCAUAAGAAGAGUUAUAGAGGAGAACCUGGACAUUAGAGGUGCUUAUGCAAAACCCCAAAUUAUAGAUAUUUUAUGGAUUCAGCUCAUACUCCUGCCUUACACAAUCACUUACUAUGCAUAUUGGUAUCUGAGAUGGUUCUGGAAAUUCACAAUAAUGAAGCAGCCUUAUGGAGAGGAAGAGAAACUGUAUAUAAUACGUAAGUACAUGAAGCUAGGUCAACACCAGUUCAAUGCUCUCGAGGAUAAGGAGCGGCGGCAGUUCCUGGACGAGGAGCUCUGGAUCAAAGAUAACUUUUUGGUUUGGAAAGAGCUCAAAGAUGAAGAAGAGAAAAAAGCUCUCGCUGAAAAUAAUAAAUACAAACAAUACAGACGGUACGUAAAGCAGCAUGGGGUGGGCCGGAUGACCUUUGACGACUCCUGAUCUGAGUCUUCAUGGACCAUAUGUGAUAAGCUAAAGUUCAUGAGGGAUUCACUACCUUUUAUAUAUUGCAUUUAUUUAUUUAUGCACCAAAUAAAACCAAGAGAGUACACAAAUUGUUACUUUUAUUUAAUUUAUAAUUUCUAUUCACCUCAACAUGUACUACAAUGAUUCUGUUACAAGGUACAUUGAUCACAAAUGGCCACCAGUGGAGGGCAAGUGGCGGGGAGCAGUGCCCGCAGCUUGUCCUCUGCAUGAACAGUUAAAUUUGUCACAUUCUCCCUCUGGGAUGUUUGGUGGGACAUGGUAACCAUAGUUGAACUUCAUUCAUUUAAAAAGUAGCACCUUUGAUUUUAGUUUUAUUAUAAUUAUUAAAUUAGGGAAAUGGACAAAUUUAAGUUAUUCAGCAGUAUGCAUACAGUUAAAUAAUUUGAGAUCACCGAGACAUAAUGUUGUGUUCCUGCAAUAUUCAAAUAUAUUACCAAUUAUAUAAUACGAUCAAAUACAAUACAUACAA